CGAAUUCGUGUAUACACAUUUGCGACCUCCAGCGCACUCUACUACCAAUUUCAGUGAUAUCAUUGAAUAAUUCAAGGCUAUUAUGGAUCUCAUGGACUUCAUACUCAACUCGCCGGCCCUUGCCCCCCCACCAGGGGUCACAUCCAACUUUAACAACCCUCCAAAUCAAACUGGUCUCGUCGUUAUCACGAUGACCUUUUUCCUUGUGCUCUCAACCUUGACGAUACUUUUGCGGGCUUAUUCAAGGGUCGCCAUUAUUCGAAAGUUUAACUUGGAUGACUGUGAGAAACCUCAUAUCCGGUGCAUAUGGUGCUUCGUGCUGACAGAGUAUAGUUUUUGUAUUCGCAGGAUAUGUGCGUCAGGCUCCCCUCAGAAUGAGACUUUUCUCGAACAUGAAUGAUAACCGUGGACUAGGGUCUAUUCGUUUCUUUCACGUAUUGUAUAUACACCCUUUGUCGAGGCGUGGGAUUUUUUGUACAUCAGUGGGACAUACGCGUGAAGGAUACGAAAGAUAUGCUCUAUGUAAGAUUUUGAUGAAGUCGGAGAUGGAUAUAUCUCCGAGGCUGACACGAAGUAGUAUAUUCAUUUCAGCGCUUGCUUCUACGCAAUGUCGGUAAUGUGUUUGAAAGUUGCCAUCUUGCUGGAGUGGACUCGGAUAUUUUCCCCACAUGGGAUAAGUAGAAGAUUCUCCGUAAGCAAAGAUCAAAUUCAAUUUCAUCACUCCCCGGGAGAUGAUUACGUUUGAUAAGGAUUCAAUCUUGACAAACCUUCACAUAUCUUGCGCUAACUUCUUUAUCGCAGCGUAUCUGCUACACUUUAUUGGUGAUCAACGUUUGCUUUUAUACAGCUAGUGUGAUUGCAUCAGCCCUCUCUUGUAGGCCUUACAAAAGAAUAUGGGAUAAGUUGGUUCCGGGCACAUGUAUCAAUACAAUGAUCCUAGAUGUUACAUCGUCUGCAAUCAAUGUUUUGUCAAACAUCAUCAUUCUCCUUCUACCUCAGCACAUCAUCUGGCGGCUGCAAAUGACACUGAAAAGAAAGAUUGGCGUCGCCUUGGUAUUUGGUGUUGGUAUCAUGUAUGUAUGUCCAUCAGCCUCGUUAAUUCAAAGUGUUUUUGCUGAUAAAAUAUUGGGACAGUUGUGUGGCUUCAGCACUCGGUCGAUUAGUUGCAACAGUGGAAUACUUCCAAUCACCGGAUGUGAGUUAUCACGUAUCGGCGGUAGGCAUUUGGUGUCUCUCAGAGAUGACCUGCUUGCUUAUCGUGUGCUGCUGUCCCACGAUCUCGAAAAUCUUCAACGAAGGCCAAAUAUUCAGUAGGGUAUUUAGCUCGCUGCAGUCAUUGAGAGGAACUCGGCAAUCUCGAAACGACGCCAGUGUUGAAUUAUCCAACUCCAAAGAUAAUCCAACAUCUCUUGUGAAUACCUACCGCAAGAUUGAGAAAGCUAGGGGUUUGUCCGAGGGCAGAGAGUUUAUUCAUAGUGUCUGACCCUGAAUAUGUUAUGAAUUCCACGUUAUGUAAGCUCUUACAGCUAUAUUUAUAACUUGUGUUAAAAGCGUGAUUUUCAG